GAAGAAAAGAAACAGAGAAAUCGCUUCAAAUCACAUCUCUCCUUCCUUUUCCCUCUCUCUGCUCCAAGCUAAGAGACAAAGAUGGUGGAUGUCUUGAAAAUUGAUAAGUUCGAAGAGUACUCCUCACUUGUGGAUUUGGUUUAUUCUGGAGCACUUUCUGCAACAGGAAAAAGCCAUGCAAAUGGCUUUUUUAAAAGACAAAGAGUUUCACAUUAUCCUGGUUUACCUAGCAAUGGAGGAAGUGCAACUGAUGAAGCGGUUGAAAAUUAUGGUGCAAAUGGAGGUGGUGGUGCUGUUGCUGGUAGAGAUGGAGAAGGUAGUGGUGGAGGUGGAGAAGGUGGAGGUGGAGGGGAAGCUCUAGGUGGAGGUGGAGGUGGAGCUCUUAGGAUUCCAAUUCUUUUGAGAACUCCACGGAAUGAGUUGCAGCAGUUGUACGAGAUUGAUUUGUAUUCAGAUAUGAAUAGGGAACAGGUACUUGACCUCCUCCACCACCACUGGUGCCUUUAUGCCAAUCAACCGCCGCGUCAAAAUGUUACUAGGGAGACGGUGUGGCCUGGAUUUAGAGUCAUAUUUUGCGGUCUGCUGGAUAUAUAUGACCCUUACCCAGACGAAGAGGACUUUGUGGAGUUAGAUUUUAAUGGGGAUUGGUUUCAGUUCCACUAUAGGAUUGAGCGGAUAAUAGUAGAAAGAUUGGCUCGUUGAACUCACCAUUUGAAAUUGGAAUCUCAAACUAUGUUUUAGACAAUGUUGCUAUUUUUUUUUUUUUCUUGAAAUUGGAAAUUCAAGACUAUGUUUUACUUGAACUGUGUUUCUUUUAGCCGAUUUAUUUUCCUUAUCGUGUCACCAACAGAUUGAAAUAAAUAAGCAACUGUUAGGAAUUCGU